GCCGUUACCGAGCUGCGUAUCACGCGACAGUGCUGUGACACUGUUGUUGUGGACUUCCAGUUCUCUCUGGCGCAAGUAUUUACUUCUAACGAGAGAAACUGAACACUUGAGCGGUGAACUAACUAGGGUGACUGAGGUUACCGCAGACUGCUGAAAAGAGCUUCAAUAAUUAAAGGUUUCAACUUGCUGUUGAAGGAGAGUUAUUUUUUAUUUUUUCAUCGGUUUUGUUGAAAAUGGAUGAUAACAGGGAUGCCAAUGAGAGCAGCCCCCUUUUGGACUCAGGGAACAGACCAACACCACCGCCAGUGUUCCAGGGAAGGAGACUAGCAUGUGCUGCCAUCCUGCUUGCUGAAUCCUUGGAAAGGGUCGCGUUCUACGGCAUCACGUCCAAUCUGGUACUUUUUCUCAACAACAGCCCUUUUUACUGGGAGGGAACUCAGGCCAGUCAGGCGCUUCUGACGUUCAUGGGAAUAACCUACCUGAUUUCACCUUUUGGAGGCUGGCUGGCAGACGCAUACGUUGGGAAAUUCUGGACUAUUGCUUUUAGUUUAAUCCUGUAUUUUAUUGGCUUGCUGUUUUUCCCUUUUAUUUCAAAAGAUGACACAAGGACACAACUAUGCGGAGAAGAGACAGCGUUUCCUGUGCAACCCGUUGAAUGUCUGAACAGCACCACUCCAAUAAAUGUAACUUGCCCAGUGCGGAGCCCAUAUUGUGGCCCGAUAAUCUACAGUGGACUGUUUUUAAUUGCGCUUGGUGUUGGUACUGUGAAGUCCAACAUCACUCCUUUCGGGGCGGAUCAGGUCAAAGACAGAGGACCUGAGGCCACGCGCAGAUUCUUUAACUGGUUCUACUGGUGCAUCAACUUAGGAGCUAUCUUGUCCCUGGGAGGUGUUGGAUACAUCCAGCAGAAUUAUAGUUUCUUGCUUGGUUACAUCAUCCCGGCAGUGUGCCUCGGGGUGUCCUUCCUGGUCUUUCUUCUGGGACGUACUGUUUUCAUCACAAAGCCCGCCGAUGGCAGCGCCUUCUCAGAUAUGGUCAAGAUCCUUUCCUUUGCCUGCUGUUCACAGAAACCAAAGGAGCCAAACUUGCUUCGCAACAAACCAACCCUGCUCGAUACGGCCAAAUUGACCUACGGAGGGAAAUUUCCAGAGGAAAAAGUAGAGGAAGUGAAAUCAUUAGUGAAAAUCCUUCCAGUUUUCUUUGCCCUUAUCCCAUACUGGACGGUGUAUUUCCAGAUGCAGACGACAUACAUCCUGCAGAGCCUCCAUCUGAGGAUUCCUGGUACACCCUCCAACAUCUCAGCGGACCCCCAUCAGAUGAAGUUCACCUUCCCGCUCGCCUGGCUCACCAUGUUUGACGCAGUGCUCAUCCUCAUGCUCAUUCCUCUUAAAGACAAAGUGGUGGACCCCAUCCUGAAGCGCCGUGGCCUGCUGCCCUCCCCUCUGAAGAGGAUUGCAGUGGGGAUGUUCUUCGUUAUGUGGUCAGCCGUGGCAGCGGGUAUCUUGGAGACCAAACGCCUCGAAAUCGUUCAAACCAACGGUACCAUAGACCAGGUGCUUGGCAAGGUUGUCUUCCAUGCGGCCAAUCUACCCGUCUGGUGGCAAGUGCCUCAGUAUGUGCUGAUAGGAAUCAGCGAAAUCUUUGCAAGCAUUGCAGGUCUGGAAUUUGCCUAUUCUGCAGCCCCCAAGUCCAUGCAGAGCGCAAUUAUGGGGCUCUUCUUUUUCUUCUCUGGGAUUGGCUCGUUCGUUGGCUCCGGUUUGCUGGCCAUCGUUUCUCUGAAGGGGAUCGGCUGGAUGUCUUCCCACAAAGACUUCGGCAACAUCAAUGACUGCUCCCUGCACUACUACUUCUUCCUCCUGGCAGGCAUCCAGGGCCUCACCUUGCUCAUCUUCCUCAUUGUUUCUGUCAAGUACGACAAGCAGAGGAGCAGAGCAGGAAGUCAGCGUCAGAGAUAUCCCUCCUCUUGACCUCGGCACCAAGAACACCAGCCUUCUCCUGUCACAAUGCCGAACGACUCUGUCCAAUCAGUAUUUACUAAUGAUCCUACAGCCUUUUAGAUUGUUAUUAUUAUGUCAUGAGUAUACACUUAUUUAUGCUUGUUUUAUCUUUUUGAUUUGUCGUUUGUUUCACCUUUACCAUGCAGUGAUUGUUUAACAUUGAGUGGGGUUUCAGGUACUGCAGACGGAGCAGGGAUCGUAUUUCUGCGCUGCUCCCCUUUUGCUGCGCGUUUACUUCUGUUGCCUUUUUUCUGAUCAUUUGCACUUAAAUUGAGUAACGGUGCCGUAAAGAUGUGAUAUUGAAAUGUUUUCUAAUCAAUGAAAAAGUGGACUUUUAUUUAGUUUUACCUCGUCCUUAUAAAAAGACAUUACACCUUGUAUCUCAGUCCUUACAAUGACUAAUACGUUUUAAUAAUUAAUUCAGUGAUUCCAACAUGAUUCUUUACUAAAUGUCUCAUUAAUAUGUUGAAUUACUGUUCGUUUUCACGUUUGAAUCCACUUUUCUUAUUUAUUUAUUUUUUUAACAGAUCCGGUAAUGCAAUCUAAAAUCAAGAGCCGAUCUCCCACAGUCAUCUUCCACUGCUUGUGAUAACACGACUAAAGCAACAAAAAAGCCAUCGUAAAUCCUCUAGCAGCACAGCUAAUGCCUCAUAACAGCUCCUCAUGUUUAAAUUAUUCUUUAAUUAGAAAAUAACCAUUAGAGUAACAAGCAACCAAGAUCACAGACUUUAAAAAAAUAUAUAUUUCAUUGCUAUGUUAAUAGCAACCGUCUCUAUAUUUUUGUCAUUUCUUGACAGUUUAAAAAAAAAAAAAAAGAAUUUUCUGUGUUGCUGUAUUUAUAAGACUGUGAUGCAUUUGCUUUGGUUUUAUACUGUUUUGUAAGGAUGAGUGCGUGCGUGAAUUGUGUUUUGAAACGUCAGAUUAGGUAGAAAAGGAGUUAUAGAGUUUUAUUAUGAGGACUCUCAGGGCUUUAGAAAUCAUGUGAAGUACUAAAGAGCUACUCCAGGAAAUGUACCACUGCCUUUGGGAGAACCCAGCUGUUUAUUGUCAGUGUUAAAGUGAAGAUGCAGUAAUAAUAAAAGCACACAUAAAGCAAGAGUUUUACUUCCUCUUACUGAUGGUAUCGAUCGGCUGUUUGAAGGAUUUUAGUCUGUCUCUAUUUGAUCAGAUGAAUCUAAUUGUAUCUUUGUUGUUUAACUGCAUUUUGUUAGUGCCUUCCUCAUCUCAUUGUCUUUAAGAUUAAUUACAUUGACUUUACGUUUUGAAAACUGUAUAGGACUGGAAUAGUGUUUUGUGUUUCUAUUUAUGCCCAAUAAAGUCUAUUCUGUGGA